AUGAUUCAAAAACCUAGAGCCGUCAUUGACUUUAUGGCCCAAAUUUGGAACCUAGAAGGAAGGAUUGAGGGUAAGCUUUGGGACUCGACAAGUUUCACAUCAAAUUUGAAACAAAAACUGACCUCCUUCAGGUUCUUGAAAAGGGACCCUAGCUACCACUACAAAAGGUGGAUGCUUCUAAUGCAGCGAUGGGAGCCAACGGUGUCGGAACACUUCCCAUCAAACAUCUCCUUUAACGUAAGGGUACACGGUAUACCUCUACACUACUGGUCAGAGGGCACUGUAAAAACGAUUGAUAAAGAACUGGGAAACUAUGUUGUUAAAGAUGCUAAGGAGGCUAAGAUUUGGGUAGAGGUUAACGGCUUACAGCCGUUAAUUAUGAAAAUGGAGAUAGAACUUCCCACAGAGGAUGUAACAGAAGUUGAGUUUGAAUACAUCAAAAUCGAAAAAUAUUGCUUUACCUGCUUCUCUCUAUUUCAUGAGGAAUCUGACUGCCCACAGCGUCCUCAAAAUGCACUACCGCCUAAAGAAAGAAAGCUAGGCAUUACGCAGAUGAUUGCGCUACAGAGAAUAGAAGCGGAGAAGAAACGGCAUGACGAUAGGAGAGGGUACAUAAGACCCGAGGUUUUCCGGACUUCUACUCGACAGUCUGAAGAUAGUUAUGCACAAAACAGAGGCUACAGAACCUCAGAUAGAGGCUACUACACUCGCAGAGAGGAUCACAGAAGAGACCAGAACAGACCCAACUCGGGAUCUUUUGCUCACCAAAAGUUACCAGUAACUCCUUCUGCAAACUCUGAUAUCAGAGGGACAAUACUACCUGUGGCAGAGCGCAACCUACCCUCUAAUCCUAGAGAUGAGGUCACUCCAACUCGCUCUCUCAAGGAUCAUCUCGGAAUCCCUCUUAAUGGCAACGAAGGUACAACCUCAGGUUCAAAAGAGCAAAGAUCUGCUUUGGCACAUCUCACUUAUCCCAUCCCUAAUGAAGAACAGCCAGCUAGAAGAACUCCUAGUUUUGAGUCAGGACGUCUCCAAAAAGCGGUGAUCAGAACCGAGGAAGUUGAGAUGGUAAAUCAGGAGAUAAUAGAGGAAUCAUCUCCAUUAGCAGGAAGGAUCCCUGCAACCCUUAGGCUCGGUGCUGGGAGCUGGAGGACAAUCAAGAGGGGUGUAAUUCCAAUUGCUCCACAGAGUAAGGUAGCAAACAAGAGAAGGAGCCUCAGCUUUGCUCAUUACUUCUCGGUUACACCUAAUGGCCUUAGUGGCAGCCUGUCUCUCUUUUGGAACGAUGAUACAGACAUCACAAUUCUUCAAUCUUCUCCCAGCCUUAUAGAUACUAGAAUUGUGCACAAAGGAAGCAUGUCCUUUAUCUCCUUCGUUUAUGGUGCACCGGCUGCAGAAAAUAGAGCUUCCUUCUGGAGCAAGCUAACCACGGUGGGACAGGGACGAGAUGACCCAUGGUUACUUAAGGGAGACUUCAACGAUAUCCUCAAUAAUGCAGAGAAGAUUGGAGGGCCUACUAGACCUGAAGGCUCUUUUACUGCUUUCCGAUCCUUUGUGGCGCAAAAUGGAUUGUGGGAUCUCAAACACUCAGGAGAACAACUGUUAUGGCGGGGAAACGAGUACACACACUUCAUACGAUCUAGGCUAGAUCGAGCUAUGGCGAGUUGUUCUUGGUUGGAAGCAUACCCGAUGGGUAGAUGUCGAUACCUAAGGUUCGAAGGCUCGGACCAUAGGCCUCUGAUCUCAUACUUCAACUCGGAUAAACCAAAAAGACGAGGCAUGUUCCGAUUCAAUAGAGCUUUGACGGAACAUGAGGAGGUUACUCAAUUAAUCGACACAGCAUGGAACUCUUCUCCACUCAACUCUGUGAUAGAGAAACUGAAUGCUCGCAGAAGAAAUAUCAUCCGCUGGGCAAAGGAACAACAAAUGCAAAGCAAUGUGGCUAUAGAGCGGAACCAACAGGCACUAGAGACAGCGCUAUCUGCUGCCACACCAGACCCAGCACUCAUUGAGCACAUGAAUUCGAAACUAGGUCGAGCGUACUUAGCAGAAGAAAUGUUUUGGCAGCAGAGGAGUAGAAUUCAAUGGCUCAAGCAAGGAGAUCGGAAUAUGGGGUUUUUUCACGCAGCCACUAGAACACGACGAGUAAUAAACUCCAUUCUGGUUCUUGAGGAUGACCAAGGAGGCGUGGUAUAUGAAGAACAUGACAUCGCUAGAGUGAUCUCCCUCUACUUCGCCAAAAUUUUCACAUCCAAUGGCAAUGAAUCCUUCUCCCAACUCCAAGGACUCCUCUCCAAAAAGGUCACUCCAGAGAUGAAUGCUAUGUUGACAACAAUUCCGAGCGAUUCGGAGAUUAAAGUUGCGGUAAACUCUAUCAAUGGAGGCAAGGCUCUGGGUCCCGAUGGGUUCUCAGCAACCUUUUACCAGUCUUACUGGCAUAUUGUGGGUAAUGAAGUUAUAAAGGAUGUUAGAGAAUUCUUCACCACCAGCCAGCUACAUCCGCAUCAAAACGAGACUCAUGUACGGCUUAUUCCCAAAAUCACGGAGCCACGAUCAGUAGCACAUUAUAGGCCUAUUGAGUUAUGCAACACUCACUACAAGAAUAUCGCAAAAAUACUCACCCGAAGACUCAAGCCGUUAUUGUAG